UCGUUGUUGGGGUAGAGGAACAAAACGAAAACAAGCUUUUUAAAGUAAACAACAUAAAAUGCAGGAGAUCCUCUAUUCGCUGGACGGCAUCUUUUUUGGUCUUUCCGGCUACUAUUUGGCAGCAUUGCUUGUAAGCGCUUUAAUAGCGCUCUACUUUACCAAUUUCUUCAAGGACGAUGAACAGGAGGACGAGGGAUUGGGCGCUGAUGAGGUGCGCUUAGAAGAUGACCCGAAAAUACAGGCACAAUUGCGUGCUCGCCUACAAUCCGAAAUCGACGACGACGAAGCCUACGAGGAUGAGCUGCUCAGUGAUAGUGAAACGGAGCAAGGAUCAGGAGGCACUGCAGCAAAGUCUCCGUACCAUUAUAAUCAUCUUGUGAGCAAGUUCAAGACCAAACGGUACCAACGCAAACUGGAGAAGAAUCUCACACCCAAGCAGAUGGAGGAAGAGCGACGCAUUGAAAGUGAACAGCUGGCGGCUAUAUUCGAUUUGCUGCGCAAGCAGGAGGCCGAACUCAAUCUCAAUGGCAUGAGCGAGGUGGACUUGAAGGAGCAAGUAAAGCUGUAUCGUUAAAAGGCCGCUAGUCCUAAACACAAACUCUUUUUACCUGAACUUGUGAUUAUAUUAGUUGCAUAUUGUCUCGAUAUUUGCGUAGCUUAGGCAGCGGCAAUCCGUAAUUCAAUUGAUGGAAUAAUUAGCCAUCAAAAACAAACCCCAUUCGGCACAAAACAAACUGAUACCCUCCCGCAUAACUUCAAUUUAUGAUCAAAGCAUUGCAAAUUUAUUUUGGAGAGAUUUUGGGAAAUAAUUAGCAUUUUUUUAGAGCCAAUAUUCUAUAAUCUUGACGGGUUUGUUGUAUGGGUUUUUGAUUGUUUGAAUUGUGAAAUAUUAUAUAAACUUUGCCCAAGCAUAUCUUAAUAUCAAGUGCCACCAAUUUGUAGAUUUAGUUUUCGGUUCAAUUCAAGGUAGCUUCCGACUACGUUUUGACAUAUGAUUUACCCGGUCUAUAUCUAAAUAAUUUCAUGAAUGUGAUAACAUGGCUUCUUAAUGGCA